CGCCAGCUCAGAAGGCCCUCGUGAGCGGACGCGGUGCGUGUCACACGCUGAGGCCGGUACGGCGUGCUCUGCUGCCCUCUGCUGCCGGGAAGGCGGGCGUGAACCGAACAUGUGGUUCGGAGGGUGACGGCCAAAGGCGGACCAGGCUGUGAAACGUUUCUGUGGUCGUUCUGACGCUGCUGAAAUACGAUAGAGCCGGCGACACCCUCGCACGCCUCCGGCCCCAACCCAGGCCGCAGCCGGGCACGUCCGUUCGGGUUCCACAUGCUCCAUCCCGCCACCUGCACGAAAGCCGUCACCUUACAGGCCGCGGGGGUCCGUUUGGGGGUCUGACCCCACAUCGUCUCCAGACUUCUUGCCUGUGGGAUGGUGCACGUGGUAGGAAGCCACUGCAGGCCGUCCAGGGCCAGACUGCCACGGAGGGUGCGGCUCCCGGGGAGGGAGGCACCGGGCACGGACGAAGGGGCCCCAUCUGCCUCCAGUUCCCGGGCCUGGGAGCGGGGCAGGGGCAGGAGGGCGAGCCCGCCCCCGCCCCCAUCAGGAGGGGCGCAGCCCAGGUACUCCUGCUUCUAGCCUGGCGUCAGGAGCAGACUCCUGGGUCCGGACGGAUCAUCUCCCCUUGAAGCACCCACUUUAACACAGACAAGACUUCACACUUCCUUGCCCUGCAGCGUCAGGGUGCUUAAACGGGGCAGAAGUGCUGGGUUUGCGCCUGUGAGCCCAAGACUGCCCCGGUGGACAGCCGCAGAGAUGCUCAGACCAGCUCGCGCCGGGGCCCGAGCCCACUUGUUCUGCGAAGCUGCACCCGCGGCCGCCUCUCCGGCCCACUCGGAGCUCCCCGAUACCCUGGGCACACUGCCCCGGGGACAGACGGCACACGGCUCAGCCUCGUGUCCCCGUCUGUGGGGUUCUUGUCCCUUGAUUAUCUUUAGAUACUGUUACUGCUCUGGUCGUGAGGUCUCUGUGUGCGUCUCUCCCACUGCUUGACAGACCUUGAUGGAAAAUGUCCUUAGAGAACGACUUCCAGUCCCCUGCCCCUCUGCUGUCCUUCCUCUCAAAUUAGAAAGUAGCUUUUUGACAGUUUCUGAGUGUUCCUGUGACCCCAGAGACAGCUCCCGCCAGGAGACACGGGCACCGCUUGCCGAUGUGGCCCGGGGGACUGCGCCCCCAGCGCGAGACGCGUCCACCAUCCCCAGCUACGAAGGGUCCCCUGCGUCCUCCUUGAAGUCCCGCCUCUCUCUGCGGCGUCUCCGCCCCCCUGGAUGUCUUUGUUGCAGAGUCACAACACCACCGCGACCGCUGCUGAGGGGUGAGGGUGCCUCUGGAGUGGUGACGCGUGACACCUGGAUGCCCCGUCUCAGGAGGGAGGACCGGUGUUCUCAUUGUCGUGUAAUGACGUGCACGGAGAGCCCAGGACAGCGGGGCUGCCGUCUCAUCACACCCAGGACCCUCCGGGCGGGUGAAGACACGUCCUGCGUGACGGACAUUCCCGCCAGAGCCCGUGGUGGCGUCCGUCCCGGGGCCUCCCCGGGGCACAGCGGCUCCCCACGCCCCACUCCGCGUCCAGGGCCGCCUUCGGACAGAACACGCUCACCGCAGGCCUGCACCCUGGGGCCCGGAACCUGCCGAGGGUGGCGGGGCGGUGGCCGCACCGCGGGACGCAGGCUGUAGAGUCCGGACCCCGACGGGGAGGCUCCCGCGCCCCCGCCCACCCCCGAUGGAAACAGAAGGGGCCCCGGGGGAGCCCCUCUGGCAGCCCUCAAGUCGGCGGCGGGGCUGGCGGGGUGCCGGCGUUGGGCCGUGCUGCAGCCCAGGCCCCCUGCCUGCCCUCCUCCCCUCCAGGGGUGCUGCAGAGGCGGGGGGAUGGCCGGCAGCAGAUGCCACGCCGCUCCCCACGGAGCCCCCCACCGCGCCCCGUCCCCCAGGGACCCCUCCCCAAAAGCAGCCACCAGGGAGGAGCAAAUGCAAUAUAUUGAUUGUAUCUCACAGUUGCUGGCUGUAAACAAACU